AAUCCUUAUAAUUUGUUGUAAAUAAUUAAUUAUUCAUUAUCAUUUGUUAAACUGUUAAAAUUGUGAAAUAUGAAUUAAUAUUAACAAAUAUCAAUUGACAAUAAGUUAGAUGAUCUUGUCAGGAAUACUUCAUAAUAAAACAAACAAAGAAAAAAAAAAUUGGGUGUGGUUGUAAUUUGAAAAUAACUGGCAGUAGAUGAAAAUAUUUGAUUGAUUUUCAAUAUGGACAAGAGUUUUGAAGAAAAACUUAAAAGAGGACGUUUGUUAAUUAAGCAUUUAGAAGAAUUACAAUAUUCUUAUUUUAAUGCUCGACCAGAAUGGUUAACCAUACAGAAGAAUGAACUAAAAUUGUUUAUGGCAUGCUUGUAUUAUGAUUACCCAUCUCGUGAUAAAAUUGAAUUAAAAAGUUGUAGUGAUAUUAACAAUGCAGAUAAAUUAUUUAUAUUAUAUGGAAAUGAAAUCCAAAAGAAAAUUUUAAAUAUGACCAAAAAAGUAGAGGAAUUAAUUGAACUUGAUUCUUGUAAUAAUAUUAAAGUGGGUGUAACUAUAACACAUAGUAUUUGCAAAACAAAGUGUAAUGUCUGCCAAAAUUUUCCUGAUGAAGAUAUACACAAAUGGACAAUACUCAGAUUAAAAUCAAUCAAAAGUAAAUGUAUUUUUAUUGAUUUUGAACGGAAUAGAACAUACUCUGACUGGGAAGAAUAUUUAAAUAAUAAUAAUCUUCCUGAAGGAUAUAUGUUCUACCCAAUUUCAGGGUUCUAUGAUGCAUCAAAAUCGUUGUAUCAAAAUAUAACGCCAGCUUCCAAACAAAUCGAAAAAAUUUUAAAAACAACUGAUUUGGCUGCACAUUUUUUAAAUUGGGUUGGCUGUAUUACAUUGGGGGCUGGUUUAAUAUUUCCAUUAGCAAUGCCUAUUACACUUACAACCUAUGGAAUAUUAACAAUUUCCUCAAUGUAUCAAGGUGGUAGAGAAAUUAAUCAACUAAUAAACAUAUACAAAUAUGAAAAUGAAAUAUCAGCCACACAAUGCAGUCAAGCAUGGAUUAAUGUUGCGAUUGCUGCAGUUGGUUCUAUAGCGGGACCAUUUCAUGCAUAUGCUACAGUAACUUCAGAAGUUCAAACCACAGGAAGAACUCUGAAUAUUUUUCGAAGAAGUGCUUAUAUUACUCAGUGUACAUUGGAAGUCUUCCGUUUUACCUUAAAUACCAUCAAUAAUAAUUUUGAAAUAACACCGAUAAAUGUGUUAUAUCUAUCUUUGGAUUUAUUCAUGGCCACAGGAAUAUUAAUGUCUUCGAUUGAUAUUAAAGAAAUUUUAAAGAUACUGCCUCUACAAGCUGCGUGGAUGCCGAUUUACAAAACCCUAGAGAAAAUUCCUUACUGUUUUGCUCAACAAAUCUGGAACUGCAGUGUUUACUUUUUCAAACACCAUUUAAUCGUGUUUGUGGAACGAAUCACAAUGUUUCUGGGAAAUAACCUCACUGUGCAUAAUUUGUUGUUUGCUUGGCAAAUGAUUCAACGUGUAUUUGACAUCUAUCAGAAACAAACGGCUAAACUGGACGUCGAUAACCUGUUGUGGCACUUGGUGGACAACAUUGCAGAGAAAGAGAGCGUGAAGUUUGUGUUGCGUGGUCAACGGAUGGUGAAGUUGUUGGAAAGUCUACCCGAAGACAUGGCGAAUGGACUAAACCGUCGAUCGCUUUUCAAGUAUUGCGUGGACCACGUUCUGCUGGAGGCUAAAAAGCUGUCCGAAUUGCGCGACAGUUGCAUGGCCGAACUCACCAGGCUCGGCGAGAACCGUGCUUCGGAGUUGGACAGGCAGUUUUGCGCCAUGUACGGGCUCGAGAGUUGCUCCAUGGACCAGUACGUGCUGUGGGCCAUCGAAGAGGUUGGCAAGCACACGGUUACUUUGAUGGCCGAGUACCAGGAGUACAUGUCUCGCCCGGAAAAUAUGUUCAACAACGAAAUGGUGGUUAACGAGACUGGUGGCGCUGGACCGUCAGUCAAAGGGUUUACAUUGAAUCUGCCGUGCAGCGUGCUGGACGUAGAAAUGUGCUUGCAGAUCGUAGGAAAAAUCAAUCCGCAGUAUGACUGCACCAAUCACAAAUUCGUUCAGCCCGAGCCCGACGCGUCUCUGCUAAUCAAGUUUUCCGCUUAUUCGAUCGAUAUCGUCUUCUUCGGCAUCGACCUGAUAAACGGCGUUCCGAGUAUGAACAUCUGUUUCUUCAAGGAAAAUAAUGAUUCGGCCAUGUUCGUCAACAACUGCAAGAGUUUGAAAAAAUUGCAAAUAGCUCAUUAGAUACACGCCCCCGAUACAUCAAUCAUCAUCGUCACAUUUUGUUGAUCUGUUUAACUGUGCAACUUCACGGUUUGCUCUCGUCUGUUGGGCGGUGAUUUUGUCGUUUUACUGGCUCUACUUCUUGAUGAGAUCUGUUAUCCAAAACAUAAUUGAAUCUUUAAAUAUAAAAGUUAACAUCGUUUUCAAAUACAAAAUAUUAUUUUAAUUAUAUAUAUAUAUAUUUUGUUUAUCAUACAUAAUAAUGGGUUACUAAUAUCACUCAUAUCAGUAAUAUUAUUUUUUUGGAAUCAUAUCAUAACAUACAUAUUUUUUUAAC